UUAUUCUUGUUGAACGACACCUAUCUACAAAAUGAGUGCCCGGUUCGAGCCUUGAAAUAGCCGACAACACGGGUCAAUGGCAGUCAAUAAUGUACCUACUGCGUCGCCUGGUGUCCCCAACGUCCGAGGUCAGCGACUUAAAGGAGCAGGCUGAGGCGUCUAAGCUCAUCCGGAAGUUCGGUCGUAAAGGCAAGGGGAAAGGUCAAUUCAAUAUGCCAACGGGCGUUGCCGUUACUAAAGCAGGUGACGUGGUUAUUUCUGAUACCGAAAACCACAGAAUUCAAAUCUUCGGCAGUGAGGGUACAUUUAAACAUAAAUUUGGAAUGCGCGGGACAGAACCUGGUAAUUUAUGUUACCCAAUCAGUGUUGCCAUGACUACAGAUGAUUGUAUUGCUGUCACAGAUAGUGUUAACGCAUGCGUCAAAGUGUUCUCUCAAAAUGGUGAUUUUCAAAACAAAUAUGGAAGUGAUUCGUUUCUGGAAUUUCCAUACGGUCUAGCUAUUAGCCACGACAAUUUUAUGAUAAUUUCCGAUAUUUGUAAGCAUUGUAUUUAUGUACUCUAUCCGAGCGGAGGGAUAUGUAGUGAGUUCGGAUCAUACGGAAGCGAGCCAAAAGAGUUCGACCAUCCGUAUUUUGUGACUGUGAACAGAGAAAAACAGAUUAUUGUAUCGGAUUCCGGUAACUGCUCAAUUAAGAUCUUCCUGUUUGAAGGAAAACUUCUAAGGGUUUUCAGUAAUAAGGAUUAUCGUAUUGGAGACAACUUCUGCGCUUUACAGGGACUUUGUACGGACUCACAAGACAAUACUAUUGUUAUAUGCAACAACGCCGUUUACAUAGUUACCAAAAAUGGCCGACUAUGGGAGGUGCUCACAUCAAAAGACGGACUCAACUACCCAAAAUGCAUUGCGUUUUCGCAAUCCGGGCGCCUGGUAGUUACCCAAUCAGUGGCUAACGAUAGAAACGAGGCUGUUAUAAUGGAGUAUAACGCGGAGGACUUUAAAUCACUCAAUUCAUUAUUACUUUAUGCAAUAUCUGUGUAGCAUAUAUAUAUUAUAUAUAUACUUUAUAUUUGUCCUUUUAAAGCCAAAAUGUAUCUCCUCUAAUGUAACUUUUCCCAUAUUUUAGUCGAAACGUCCGUAGAUUAAUCAUGCUUUUCAUUUAUAGUUUUAGUGCACCAAAAUAUCACGUGGUCACAAUCAUUCAUAUGAAUGAUUAUUUUCGCUUAGAAAUUUUAGACUUUCUUUAAACAUACCUGUAUACUGCCAAAGUAUGAAUAGUUUUACCAUAUCAUCAGAUCACAUAUAUAUGUGUAUAUAUGUUUUGUCCAUUAAACAUGUGCAUAUCUUAUAUUUUCUUUGUAGAGACACGUGAUUAAAUUAGUGAAUAUGAUAAUGAAUAUUUAGUUUGCAAAGAUAUAAUUAUAUAGAAUUGAUUUUUCAGACUUUGCUAAAAUGUGAUCAGUAUAGCUGUAAAUAUUCACAUUAUACAAAUUCCUUUCAAAAUGGCAAAACCCUUCAAGUUAUCAUCAUUUUUAGGUCCCUGUAUUGUCUUACAAAUUUUCUGAAUCAAUACAAAGGACAUGUCAAAUUACCACAAGUUAUUGCCACAAGAUCUGUACUUUAUUACUAUUAAUACAACCAUUUCUAGGCUAAAAAUCUUUAAUGGACUUGACCAUCUUUCAAUGUGGACAAAACCAUUCAUCAAUUUAGGAGGAACUUUUAAAAUAAGUACUGACUGAAUAGCGAACAGUACCCGGAUGUGCCGGCUGAUCUUGGUCUGCACUGGUCGCAUGAAUAGAAUCAAUUGUCACCUGUAGGAUAAAGGUUAAUAUUUAUUUUAUAUUAUUAUGAUUAUAUUGUUCUGUUCUGUUCUAUUAUUAACAUGUAGCAAGUUUAAGCUGCAUGCCUCCAGACGAGACAAAAUAUUUCAAUAAAAUCAAAAUUGCAAAAAAUGUAGUAAGAUUUUAGAAAAGUAAAACGAUGCAAAAUUAGAUGUUAUUUGUAUUUAAUGACUGAUGUUGCAGUACUUAUCAUUACACUGCGUUACUAACGUUGUAAGGACAAUUUUGCACAUUUUGACCUUUACUUCGUAAUUUACGUGGAUUGUAAAUGCCGUUUUCAAUUGGCAAAUAACUUUCAUUGUUAUUUUCACAAUAUUUUACUUUUAAAUACAUUUUUUUAAUAAAAAUAGCAUGAAUCUGGAGGCAUGCUGCUUAAAAAUUUUGUAAGGGAAUGGAAGUUGAUUUCUAGUGAAGAUAACAUUAUAUACUUUAUACAAGGAACUUAACAAUAUUUGGAUAAUAAAAUAACUCAAUAUUUUUCGGAUAAUAAAAUAAAACUAUAUUUUACAAAUCAUAUCAUCGAAAAAUUCUGAAUAUAUAUCACUCAUUUAACAUAUCUAAGUGUUUUCUAGACAAAAGAAUGAAUGCGUUAUUAAUGUAUACGAGACUACAUAUAAUUUCGUAAGAUUUUUGUGUGAAAUAACUUCAAUGUUUUGCUUUAAAGGAAAUUAAAGCGUAUUUUGAAUUUAUAAAAAAAAUACCAAAACAUGUAUUGUUUGUAUAGGCAAAGAAAGCUUGUUUUAAUCACGGGCUCUUUCUAAAGUGUCAAAUACUCUGUUGGUAUAACAUGACAACAGUUUCAGUAGACAUACUCUGGACAAAACUAUUUAUCAUUCUGAAAAUUUUCAAAAUAAAUACUGAUUAAACAGCUUACAGUGCAAAUCAUAAUCGGACAAGUCAGGUUAUCUCAAUAGUGGAGCUCUGCGCUUUGAAUCGGACAACCCGGGCUCUAUUCCCGGACAGCGCAGGUCACUUUCGUUGUGAUUGACCAUACAAUCUUUUCUACGGUCAUUCGAAAUGUACGGUACCUCUGCUCUGGCAUGUACACAAGUUAUCAGUUCCUUGCAAAAUUUAAGGCAACUAGUACUGGUAAACUGCACGACAGCCUGCCAUGGAACGAUACGGUGCCUGAGCUGUGCUCUGGUAAAUUUCAUGUGGCUAACUGCCGUGAUCCGAAGUGAAAACUAUCGGAUGUAGUAAUUGAUCGUCAUAUAGCAAGCAUAUGGUGUCAACAUGAGGCUAAUGGUUAAAUG